UAUAUUUCGAUAUUCAUAGACAACUAAUUUAAACAAUUAGGAUAUUCAUGACGACAGGGUGCUAAAUGACAGAUCCUGUGGGUGGAGUCUUUUUAGUCUUUUCCUUACAUUCUGCCGUAACAAACGUCUAGCGAGAACAUUUGGAUGCCGGUUCAGCCUGUCUUCGUACUUCUGAGCGAGUAACGUCACCAACCUCUAUUGGCAGAUUUCUUUCUAUGUCACUAGUACGCAUGUACCAGGGAGCGUUGCACAUUGUUCCCAGUAUUUUACUCUGAUCUACACGGAUUUUGCUUAUGUGCGAUUUAGCAGCAAUUCCAUAAACUAGCAGGCCAAAUCUCCAAAUCGGGCUGAGGAUUGUUUUAACAAUGGCCACCUUGUGUUUUAUAAGAGCUUGCUCCUAUGUCUAUGAGCCACGACAUUUUCGCAGCUUUUGACAGCAUAGUAUGCUUCACCAAUGUAGAAUGACGGCCAAAGUUUAGCUUCCUGUUUAGGAUGACCCGAAGGUAUUUAUAAUGAGAUUUAUGAUCCAGCACGGACCAAGUAGCUCUAUAUUAUACAGUAUUUUAAUUGGUAUUGCAUUGAUUAUAGAAGGAAGAAGACGAUUUGCGUGAACAAGAGGGGAGGUAUGUACCAAAUAUGUACCACGGAAGUAUUCCGUCGAAAGGCAAUCUGCUUAGCACUACAUACAGAAACCACUAUAAAAACCAUCAAGCUCGUAUUUCGUAUUCCGUUUUCGUCAUUUCCUAGGUUAUUUUGUCCUUUGCAUUGCCAAUUGUCCAAGUCAAAUCAUAACCGUGGAUUUAUCUGAUGACGAAAUAAAUAAGUUCGAAUUUGCUCAAUCAGAACAAAUUUGAAAUCAAUGCAGCAGGCCUUGACGUCACUGUGGACUUUGGUCACAUAAAUAACAUGGUGGCGCACCAAGGACAAUCCCAAUACAAAUACGUCCAAAACAUAUACGGCCAAUACAUAUACAUGACCCUCGCACACGCAGGAGCAGUACACUCACAGAUAACGUAUGUACAUCUGCGGUAUUGCAUACGCAUGCCUAAAGUAUGAACUAUAAAAAUUUACGAGGCAAUAAAAGUGUAAGCUCGCUCCGCUGUAUUUUAUGGCCGACAGCCAGAGGUGGGCGAUUUGACCAACGACACGGCGCCUUUUGCGCUGUUUUGAUCCCCUUCUCGACUUUUAGCACAACGGAUUGCAAGCCACCAAGGCUAAGGAGUCCUAGAGUUUUCGGGUUACGCUGCCCGAUUGAUUAGAUAAAUUCCUUUCCAGAGGGCACAGCCAGGCACACACAACUCUUGAGCACCCAGCGAGUUAAUAGUACACGACCUACCUUCGGAUGGUCGUUUUGCAGAGUCUCGAGCUCGCAGUAUAAGAAAUAUUAAAAACCGAUGUGCAGUCUUGCGUUAAUUUAAUGUUGAAUGCCAAACGGUCAGCUGCACUACUCGACCACGUUGCCUGGGCAAUCAAAGUUUCCUAAUUAUAGUAAAAAGCGGAUAGGGACCGUUGCUCUGAUUAAAUAUAAAAUUUGAAAGGAAGCCUCGUUGAUUUCUUAAUAAUCCCAGAGCCGCAUAUUAAUGGCCACCUUGCUGGUCACAAGCAAUGAUGGCAUCCAGAUUUUAGUUGCAGAAGUUUUAAGCAAAUAUUAUUUUCUAACUUUGCCAGCAAGAGAUUCUCAAGAAAUUAAAUCUUACCUGUGAAGAGUGCCAACUUUACUGUUUUUCUCCUUCUACAUCCUCAUUAGGUUUCAACAUAAACUGUUAUGAAGCUUGGUUUAACUAUGAAAUGCUUUUGUCAGUUCCAAUGAUUAUGAUUUGUUUCUGUUGUGCUCUUUCAAGUUCAAGUCCCAAAAUACCGCAUAACACAUAUAAUUUACGCACAACUUUAAAUAUUUUAUAUGUACAAAGAAAAAGUUCGUACUUCUGUUUAGAUAGGAAGAUAUAUUCAUAUGUAUAUAUAUAUAUAGAUAGAUAGGGUGUCCGACUUACGCGUGAAUAGCAAAGCCUAAACAUAAAUAUAAAGUGGGGCUUAGAAAAGUGCGAAAGUAAGUAUUUUGACCGGCUUGGGAGUAGUAAUUUGCUAACUGCACCACCGCAGACAAUUGUGCUGAUUACUUUAGAAUGGCGUCAACGGGAUUUGGAGGCAAGAGAGCUACCAAGAACCUGACUUUAACACAAUUUGUGACUGCACUUUCCACUCUGCAAUUGCGUUUGUCUAACGCUUGUGGCUCCUUUCUUUUUGUUACAGAUCAAAAGUCAAUACUCACAGAUAACGAUUGGAAGAAGCUAUGGAUGCGCGGCGGUAUAAAUGGCGAUUCAAAAUUGGAUAAUAAUCUCGACUCGAGCGACAGUCCAAUGUUUGAAGACAGUGAGCUGAUGGCGCACAACACCACAGUUCAGCUGGGUGGCACCGCCUUUCUGGUCUGCAAGGUCUCCGGUGUGGACAGAGUGGGUGUAAAUUGGAACCAAAUAUCUUGGAUCCGCCGCCGGGACUGGCACAUCCUGUCGUCUGGGGCCCAGCUCUACACGAACGAUGAGCGCUUCGCCAUACUGCACACGCCCGGCUCCAACAUGUGGACUUUGCAGAUAAAGUUUGUGCAGCGCCGGGAUCACGGCAUGUACGAGUGCCAGGUCUCGACACCGACAGGCAUCAUUUCCCACUUUGUGAAUCUUCAAGUGGUUGUUCCAGAGGCAUUCAUACUGGGCUCCGGCGAGCUGCAUGUCGACAUGGGCUCAACAAUUAAUUUAGUUUGCAUUAUUGAAAAGAGUCCUACACCACCGCAGUACGUGUACUGGCAAAAGAACGAUCGUCUGAUCAACUACGUCGACUCCCGUCGGGACAUAACCAUUGAGACGACCCCGGGACCACGCACUCAGAGCCGUCUGAUCAUCCGGGAACCGCAGAUCACGGACUCCGGCAACUACACCUGCUCGGCCAGCAACACGGAGCCGGCGAGCAUCUACGUCUUCGUGUCGAAAGGCGACAAUAUGGCGGCAAUCUCGCGUCGGAAGACCUCCUCAGCCGAUCGCCUGACGCACAUAUUUAGGUCGAUGCUGGCGCCCUGUCUUCUGCUGAACACGGUUGUUGUGAGACAUAUCUUUCUGACCUAAGCGGACCUUCUGUGCGGCCAAGGCGAACGGAAGGAGGGCGACAAGGAAAUCCUAUUUAAGCUAUUUCAGUGUUAGAACUAUGGCUGCCGAAACAGAGUUAAUAACUGAAUAACCCAGUCUAGGAUAAUUGCUAAGCUAAGCUCAGUAAGAGAUGCGCACUCAAGUGUAAAGAUCAUGUUAAACCAAUCGUCGCUGUGCAUACACUUGCGAGUGUACUUAACUUGUUUGUGUGCCAGACAGUUACCCGUACAUCUAGACCAGUUUGGAUAAGAAUUGGCUAUGUUAAUAACCUUGUUCCCGUUGAUUUUGUACAGUAUGUUUAAGGUUUUCAGAGUAUGUAAGUUUCUUUUAUGAAUACCGCUCGGUUAAAUUUCCUCAAGCUCCUGGGUUACCGUCAUCGAUGUUACGUAUAUGUGUAGUGCAAUUUUACUUGUUCGGUGAGCUAAAAGCAAAAACUUAUUUUAUAUGCCUUUGUUUAGUCAAGAUCAAUGCUUUGCAACCCAAAAAUUUGUACUGUGAGCGGAAAUUGCAUAAGUAGCCAAUUUAAGUCCAUUUGAUGAAGUGUAUACAUAUAUGUAUGUUUGAACAAAAACGCAUUGAAACGAUAUUAUAACUGUUACUAAUGGCUAAUUAAAAACUAAGCAAAAAAGCAGCGGGCACGUCCAACACAAAAGACGGCAUUAACAACCGGGGCGAUAUUAUUGUUAACGAGCAUAAAAACGAGACCAUCAACUCCUAUUAAUUAAUUAUGUUAUUAAGUUUGUAUAUACAUUUUAUUGCACUCACAAGAGCACUACAGAGUGUGCCGGAAAAUGUAUUUAAAUUGUGUAAAUAAAAAGGAAAUCAUACAGCUCCAACCACAACCCAUACAGCUGACUGAAAAUGUGCAAUAUUACCCAUAUUACCAAUAUUACCCAUACAGCCCAGGGCCCGUGGACAGAAUAGGGAAGGCGAGCUGUAGGGAAAUGAGGUGUACGAGUAUGCGGACACUUAAUGGGCUUUGAAACUGUCAAAAUCAAGCUGUAAUUAAUUGCAAAAGCACAAAAGAGAGAGUCGAGCGGGCUGGGGCAAAACCCUAGCCAUAAUGUGGAACAAUGGAUAGUUUAAAUUCGUCACUCUGCCAAAUCGGAAAAUUGAAAAUAAUUACUUAGCAAGCAGAUAUCUAGCAUGGUAAUAUAAUUAAAUUCUCUACAUCGUACGCGACCUCUAACCUGGCACUGGCCGGGAACAAUGUGCCGAAGUAUCUUAUGGAAGCGCUUGUGCCCCGCCUGUGCCGCCGCCCUGAGACACCUCAACCAUGAAACAAAAAUCUACGUAAAAUAUUAUGUACAACUUCUCGACUGUUUAAUAAACUUAGGCUGGCUCCAUAUCGGCUGCAGGCUGCACUUACGAUAGAAUACAAUAUAGAGGAUCCGCUCCAGUUCAAAUUGAUGUGUUGUCAGACCUAGCCAGCCUAGUAACUGUCAUUCGUUCAGUGUCGGUACGUAAUUUACAAACAAAGAAACAUACAAAGAAACAAGCAAACAAACUGUAAGAGACACCAUUUGAAGUUUGAAAACAUUCAUUAGAGCAAACCCACAGCAAACCUUAAAUCGUAGCUUAAUCAUUAAUAACCUAUGGAUAAAACAAAAAUACUAAGCGAUGUCACACCCUCUUUGAUGUGUCUGUAUGUGUAUGCGUAUGCCCAAGGCCCGUUGGACAAUUUAAAGGUUAAAGUUAUUCAAUUCCAUUGAAAUAUAAUGAAUUACACGAAAGAUUUAGUUGAUUUUUACUGUUAAGCAUUUCCACUGUAAAUAUUUUGUACUUACAUAUGUAUAUCGAAUGGCCGGUAAUGGGCCUUCGUCAAAAAAUGAAAAUCACAAGCGAAAACAGAGAAAAAUGGUGAUAGGUUAUUGUACUCUUUGUGUGGAAACAGCAGAAACUAAACAAAAGCCCAUAUAGGAUCAUCAAAUUGUUUUCAAUGUAAGUGCUCGAGCAAAUAACUGUAAAAUUUCAACUUGCAACAAUUUGAAGAAUAUGAAUUUAAUAAUAGUACAGAUAUGAAUAAAUCCACAUAAAUCCAGACCUACAUUGUGCUUGCACGCACAUAUACAAAGAAAGUGGGCGACAAAAAUUCCAAAGCAGCAAUGCGUGUAUAACAAUA